AUGGGGAAUGGGAGAUGGGGCAUGGGAGAUGGGGCAUGGGAGAUUGGGAAUGGGAGAUGGGGCAUGGGAGAUGGGGAAUGGGAGAUGGGGCAUGAGAGAUGGGGAAUGGGAGAUGGGGCAUGGGAGAUGGGGCAUGGGAUAUGGGAAAUGGGAGAUGGGGAAUGGGAGAUGCGGCAUGGGAGAUGGGGAAUGAGAGAUGGGGAAUGGGAGAUGGGGAAUGGAAGAUGGGGCACGGGAGAUGGGGAAUGGGAGAUGGGGAAUGGGAGAUGGGGCAUGGGAGAUGGGGCAUGUGGGACGGGGCAUGGUAGGUGGGGCAUGGGAGGUGGGGCAUGGGAGAUGGGGAAUGGGAGAUGGGGAAUGGGAGAUGGGGAAUGGGAGAUGGGGAAUGGGAGAUGGGACAUGGGAGAUGGGGCAUGGGAGAUGGUGCAUGGGAGAUGGAGCAUGGGAGGUGUGGCAUGGGAGAUGGGAAAUGGGAGUUGGGGCAUAGGAGAUGGGGCAUGGGAGGUGGGGCAUGAGAGAUGGAGCAUGGGAGAUGGGGAAUGGGAGAGGGGGCAUAAGAGAUGGGGCAUAGGAGAUGGGGAAUGGGAGAUGGGGCAUGGGAGAUGGGGCAUGGGAGGUGUGGCAUGGGAGAUGAGAAAUGAGAGAUGGGGCAUGGGAGAUGGGGUAUGGGAGCACUUGAUCAUGGCUCGCGUUUCCUUCAUCGCUUUACUCGUCCUAGCGCUGUCGUGCGCCGCGUGUGUGUCGGCGAAAGUGGUUCGCGAUGGAACGCUUCAGUGGACUCUCAUCACCCAGGCCCUACAGAAGGGAGGCCAGCACAGCACCUAUCUAUCCAUCGUCAACAAAGCAGGCACCAAGUGGAUCACGGACUACCUCUCCACCUCCACCACUGGCUUCACCUCCUUAGUGCCAUCAAACGCGGCGUUCAAGGUUCAAAAGGCUACCAUCCUGACGCCUUGGGCGAAGAGCGCGACCACCCUCCAGGACCUUCUGAAGAACCACAUGCUUAACUUCCAAGCCCUGCCCCCGCGCUUCGUGAAGGACAAGGUUGGCCAGGGAUACUCCACAUUCCGCACCAACGGCCAGAUUCAGAAGUAUCAGGGCGCCGGCAAGACCAUUAGCUUGGGCCCGCAAUUCGCGCAGCAGGGCACGCAGCUGGCGAACAUCACCAAGGUGCUGUUCCAGGACCCCACGGCUAUCUGCUACGAGAUUAGCAACGUCCUCGUUCCCCUCAAGUAG